CGGAAACUGCUUCGAGAAACGGAAAAAAAUCCCUUAGCCGGUUGCCGGCCGCGGCAGAGACCCAUACGGGGGUCUCUCGGGAGAGGAUUGAGCCCUGGGCUUCUGCUAGGAACUGCCGCCGCUCCCGGGGCAGCGGAGCCGGGUCUUCGCCGCGCUGCCACCUCCAGCUCAGGGUAGGAUCCUGGGACACCAGAAUAGAUGCAUCUUUUGGCAAUUGGUUUUACCCGGCACUAGUGGGAAGUCCAGAAAUGAUAUAUUCUUGGGCUGUAUUUCACCACGCUGGAAUUCAUGCAGUUUGUUCCAGAACACUGACCCUCUGCUUGUGACAUAUGCAGUGAAGGUCUGAUGGACAGAGGCUUUCUGUUGACCUUGCAGCUUUUUUCUUUCAUGUGGCAGACAAGGUGGAAGACAAGGUGAAAGGGGGCAGGAGUUGCCUCCCUUGAUGAAUAGGAGUGUUCCACUUGGUUCUCAGAACAUGGGCCCGCGUUUAAAGCUGCAGCUGUGAUCCUCGGCUGUCUGUUGGCUUUGAAGGGACCUGAUGUUUUACGUUAUUGGUGGAAUCACAGUGUCUGUGGUUGCAUUCUUCUUCACAAUUAAGUUCCUCUUUGAGCUUGCCGCACGUGUAGUCAGCUUCCUCCAAAAUGAGGACCGUGAGCGUCGAGGGGACCGGACGAUUUAUGACUACGUGCGGGGAAAUUACCUGGAUCCCCGGUCUUGCAAAGUCUCCUGGGAUUGGAAGGACCCCUAUGAGGUGGGCCACAGCAUGGCCUUCCGAGUGCAUUUAUUUUAUAAGAACGGGCAGCCUUUCCCUGCACAUCGGCCUGUGGGAUUAAGAGUUCACAUCUCUCACGUCGAGCUAGCAGUGGAAAUUCCAGUGACCCAGGAAGUUCUUCAGGAGCCCAAUUCCAAUGUGGUAAAAGUGGCCUUCACUGUGCGCAAGGCUGGGCGUUACGAAAUCACAGUGAAGCUUGGUGGAUUAAAUGUGGCCUAUAGUCCCUAUUACAAAAUUUUUCAGCCUGGAAUGGUGGUUCCUUCCAAGACCAAAAUCGUCUGCCAUUUUUCUACUCUUGUUUUGACCUGUGGCCAGCCGCAUACCCUUCAAAUAGUGCCCCGAGAUGAGUACGACAACCCUACCAACAAUUCCACAUCCUUGAGAGAUGAGCACAAUUACAGUUUGUCCAUUCAUGAGCUUGGCCCUCAAGAAGAAGAGAGUACUGGUGUCUCGUUUGAGAAGUCAGUGACAUCCAACAGGCAGACUUGCCAGGUGUUCUUGCGACUCACCUUGCAUUCUCGUGGUUGCUUCCAUGCCUGCAUUUCAUACCAAAAUCAACCAAUCAAUAAUGGCGAAUUUGACAUUAUUGUCCUAACUGAGAAUGAGAAGAAUAUUGUCGAACGUAAUGUAUCCACCUCAGGAGUGAGCAUUUACUUUGAGGCUUAUCUUUAUAAUGCUACCAACUGUAGCAGUGCACCGUGGCACCUCCCACCCAUGCACAUGAGCUCUUCCCAGCGCCGGCCUUCCACAGCUGUGGACGAGGAAGAUGAAGACUCACCCUCUGAGUGCCACACUCCUGAGAAGGUGAAGAAACCCAAGAAGGUGUACUGCUAUGUGUCACCAAAGCAAUUCUCAGUGAAGGAGUUCUACCUGAAGAUCAUCCCCUGGCGCCUUUAUACCUUCCGAGUGUGCCCGGGAACGAAGUUUUCAUACCUUGGCCCUGACCCUGUCCAUAAGCUCCUCACACUGGUGGUGGAUGAUGGCAUUCAGCCUCCUGUAGAGCUCAGCUGUAAGGAGAGGAACAUUCUAGCAGCCACUUUCAUCCGCUCUCUUCAUAAGAACAUAGGAGGCUCUGAGACCUUUCAGGACAAGGUGAACUUCUUCCAGCGAGAGCUUCGGCAGGUGCAUAUGAAAAGGCCACAUUCCAAAGUCACCCUGAAGGUCAGCAGACAUGCCCUCUUGGAAUCGUCUCUGAAAGCUACUCGAAAUUUCUCCAUCUCAGAUUGGAGUAAGAACUUUGAAGUGGUGUUCCAGGAUGAAGAAGCCCUGGACUGGGGAGGACCUCGCCGGGAAUGGUUUGAGCUUAUCUGCAAAGCACUGUUCGAUACCACUAAUCAGCUCUUCACCCGAUUCAGCGACAACAACCAAGCAUUAGUGCAUCCCAACCCUAAUCGCCCUGCUUAUCUGCGCCUGAAGAUGUAUGAGUUUGCAGGGCGGCUGGUGGGCAAGUGUCUCUAUGAGUCCUCUCUAGGAGGAGCCUAUAAGCAGUUGGUUCGAGCUCGCUUCACCCGUUCAUUCUUGGCCCAAAUCAUAGGACUACGUAUGCAUUACAAGUACUUUGAAACAGAUGACCCAGAAUUCUACAAAUCUAAAGUGUGUUUUAUCCUAAAUAAUGACAUGAGUGAGAUGGAGUUGGUCUUUGCAGAAGAGAAAUACAACAAAUCAGGUCAACUGGAUAAGGUCGUAGAACUCAUGACAGGUGGAGCGCAAACCCCAGUUACCAAUGCGAAUAAAAUCUUCUAUUUAAAUUUGCUGGCACAGUAUCGGCUUGCCAGUCAAGUGAAAGAAGAGGUGGAACAUUUCCUUAAAGGCCUAAAUGAGUUGGUCCCUGAGAAUCUUUUGGCUAUUUUUGAUGAGAAUGAACUUGAGCUUCUGAUGUGUGGGACUGGGGACAUCAGUGUGUCUGACUUCAAAGCUCAUGCAGUGGUGGUUGGUGGCUCGUGGCACUUCAGAGAGAAGGUCAUGAGGUGGUUUUGGACUGUGGUUUCCAGUUUGACCCAGGAGGAGUUGGCCCGGCUACUUCAGUUCACAACAGGUUCCUCUCAGCUGCCACCUGGAGGCUUCGCUGCCCUCUGUCCCUCAUUUCAGAUCAUUGCUGCUCCAACCCAUAGCACCCUACCAACUGCACACACGUGUUUUAACCAGCUGUGCCUCCCAACGUAUGACUCAUAUGAAGAGGUGCACAGGAUGCUGCAGCUGGCCAUCAGCGAGGGUUGCGAGGGCUUUGGCAUGCUCUGAUUACUCCCGUCCCAUCCACUUGGAUCCUGUGCUCUCUGGAGCAGGUGGGCGCACGUUACAGUCCUCAUAGCCAUUGGCCGAAACACAUAACCAUCAACCAGAAGAUGCCACAGGCUCCCCUGUCGCUGGAGUAUUUUGUCACCUACAAGCCUUGUCCUUACCUCACCCCCACCUUCCCCUGAAAAUAUCUACCAUGAGCCACUUUAGCAUGGAACUUAAUCCGAGCGGACUAUUCAGUCGUGAGAAGAGGACCGCGCUGCUGUCACUUCCUCUGGUCCUUUGAAGAUCUCAGUAGCUGGAGCUGUCUCGGUAGCUGAGGGAGGUUACACACGGGGCUCAGUUCUUUUGGGAAACUGGUGUGCAGAGAACCUUAAAUCCAUGCCUUUCUCCAACUCCCUCUGCUAACAUUCCUGGGGUGCCCUCUUCGGCCCUCAGUACUUGACCAAAUUCAUACAUGAGUCCUCCUUGUGGGCGGAGUGAUG